AUGUCUGCUGAUUUUGGUUUAAUCGGUUUAGCCGUCAUGGGUCAAAACUUAAUCUUGAACGCUGCUGACCACGGUUUCACUGUCGUCGCUUACAACAGAACCGUUUCUAAAGUUGAAAAUUUCUUAGCUAACGAAGCUAAGGGUAAAUCCAUCAUUGGUGCUACCUCAAUUGAAGAUUUCAUUGCUAAAUUGAAAAGACCAAGAAAGGUUAUGCUUUUAGUUAAAGCCGGUGCUCCAGUUGACGCUUUAAUUAAGGAAUUAGUCCCACAUUUAGAAAAGGGUGAUAUCAUCAUCGAUGGUGGUAACUCUCAUUUCCCAGAUUCUAACAGACGUUACGAAGAGUUGAAAGAACAAGGUAUCUUAUUCGUCGGUUCCGGUGUUUCCGGUGGUGAAGAUGGUGCUCGUUACGGUCCAUCUUUGAUGCCAGGUGGUGCUGAAGAAGCUUGGCCUCAUAUCAAAAACAUCUUCCAAUCAAUUUCCGCAAAAUCUGAUGGUGAACCAUGUUGUGACUGGGUCGGCCCAGCUGGUGCAGGUCAUUACGUUAAGAUGGUCCAUAACGGUAUUGAAUAUGGUGAUAUGCAAUUGAUUUGUGAAGCUUACGAUAUCAUGAAACGUGUUGGUAACUUUACUGACAAGGAAAUUGGUGAUGUUUUCGAAACUUGGAACAAGGGUGUUCUUGAUUCUUUCUUAAUUGAAAUUACUAGAGAUAUCUUGAAGUUCAAUGACGUUGAUGGUAAGCCAUUAGUUGAAAAAAUUAUGGAUACCGCUGGUCAAAAGGGUACUGGUAAAUGGACUGCCAUUAAUGCUUUAGAUUUAGGUAUGCCAGUUACUUUGAUUGGUGAAGCUGUCUUUUCUCGUUGUUUAUCUGCUAUAAAGAAUGAAAGAAUUAGAGCCUCCAAGACUUUAGUUGGUCCAACCAUUCCAAAGGAUUUAAUUAAGGAUAAGAAGCAAUUCGUUGACGAUUUAGAACAAGCUUUAUACGCUUCUAAGAUUAUUUCUUAUGCUCAAGGUUUCAUGUUGAUCCGUGAAGCUGGUAAAACUUACGGUUGGAAAUUGAACAACCCAGCUAUUGCCUUAAUGUGGAGAGGUGGUUGUAUCAUUAGGUCUGUUUUCUUAGCUGAAAUCACUAAGGCUUACAGAGAAGAUCCAGAAUUAGAAAACUUAUUAUUCCACAGUUUCUUCUCUGAUGCUGUCACAAAGGCUCAAUCUGGUUGGAGAAAAUCUAUCGCUUUGGCUACUACCUACGGUAUCCCAACUCCAGCUUUCUCCACUGCUUUAUCUUUCUACGAUGGUUACAGAUCUGAAAGAUUACCAGCUAACUUGUUACAAGCUCAAAGAGAUUACUUCGGUGCUCACACUUUCAGAGUUUUGCCAGAAGCUGCUUCUGAAACUUUACCAGUCGAUAAGGAUAUUCACAUCAACUGGACUGGUCAUGGUGGUAACGUUUCUUCUUCUACUUAUCAAGCUUAG